UCCGUCUUUCGUUGGGCUGCCCCGAAGGUCUUACACUAGGUGCCCGCGCCCAGCGGUGAGCCGAGGUGGCGCUCCCGUCGCUCCCGUCUUUAGCGGGCCCCAGCUUCGGCUUCCCCCAACCCCAAAGAACCUGAAAGAAGUGGGGUGAAGGUAGGUAAACAAUUAAAGCCGUCGCCAGGGCGCUUGCCGCCACAACUUGUUGACCCAACAUGUCCACCACUACCUCAACAUCAACAUACAACACUACAACACGACACACCCUGGCAAGACGACCCGGUCGAAGCGGCAUCGCGACAGCGUCGACCCCGAAUUUGAACCAGCUCUAUACAGCGCAGUCAUCGCGUUUGGCUGCCCCGGCGCUCUCGCGCAAGGGGUCAGUCGCUGCGCUCACGCAGAACUCGUUGGCGGCAAUCCCCGAUGAUUCGGAAGGCUACGCAUACAACUCAGUCCUGACCAGCGACACCAUGCCGCCGCCACUCACGCCGGGCCGCCUCGGCGGCAACGACGAGAUUACCGUCGGCGAUACGGUUGAGGUCCCUGGAAGCAUGACGGGCACCGUCCGCUUCAUCGGCCCUGUCGCCGGGCGCAAGGGCACCUUUGCUGGUGUCGAGCUGCAUCCCGAUUAUGCGCCCAGAGGGAAGAACAGCGGUGACGUUGACGGUGUUUAUUACUUCACCACAACACAGCCGGGCGCCGGCAUCUUCCUGCCUUUAUCCAAGGCCAUCAAGCGCGACUCGCCCCCGAUGUCCGGGAAGUCGUUCCCGCACACGCCGGCAAGCGGCGGACUGAAGGUCGCAAGCCAAAACUCAAUAAACUUCACACCGCCUACUCCAGGGGUACCCAAACUCAGCCAGUCCGUCGGCCCGAGCCGGGCCUCGAGUCCGCUUGGCAAGAAGACGCGGCCGUCCCUCCCACGUCCAGAAUCGCCCGUAAGGAGGCUCAUGACGCCCGGCCCACGUCCGACCAUCCCGAGCCCAGCGGUGCCUGCCAGGUUUGGCAGCCCGACGUCGAGCAACAAGUUUGCUCAGAGCGUUCGAGGAACAGCGGGCGAUCCCAGCAAGCGAAUACCGAGCCACGUGCGGAAAGGGAGUGUUGGUGUCGGCCCGCGCAGUGUCUCUGCGCUGGGAACGACCUCACACCCGAACUUCAUGGAAGAUGAAGUACCCCCCAUGGUGGGUGUGCAGAGAACACAGACGAAUGGCAGUAACGGUUCCUUUUCGCUUAAGGUGCGGCCGGCGUCGCGGGCGGCAUCCCGAGUUGGUAACCAUGCGCAGGACGAAGAGCUUGAGAGGUUGAGAGCCGAACUGGAGGAGCGCGAUCGUCAACUCAAAGAACAAGCCGCGACACUCGCCGAGAUGGAGAGCAGCCUGACAGAGCUCCAGGGGCUGAUCGAGAACUCGGAGGGACCGCCGUUGCAGCGGCGCGAUAGCAUCGACGACAAAGACUCGGCGCAGCUUCGGGCCCUCGUAAGGGAGAAGAACGAUAAGAUCGCCAUGCUCACAGCCGAGUUCGAUGCGCACCGAGCGGAUUUCCGGAGCACUAUUGAUACGCUGGAAAUGGCGAGCGCGGAAACGGAGAGGGUGUACGAGAAGAGGAUUGAGGAACUGAUGCAAGAGAUUCAGGAGCUGCAGGACAGAACCUCGGAUGUCGACACAAUUGCAGCCCAGCUAAAGCAACUCGAGGAACUGGUGCAGGAACUCGAAGAGGGGCUCGAGGAUGCCAGGAGAGGCGAGGCUGAGGCACGCGGCGAGGUGGAGUUCUUGCGAGGGGAAGUGGAAAGGACCCGAACCGAGCUCCGCCGUGAACGGGAGAAGGCGCAAUCGGCUAUGAACGGCGUCAACGGCGGCGCCGUGUCGAAGGAGUUAGAGCAGAAGGAGGAUGAGAUUCGGGGGCUCAAAGCCAUCAUUCACUCGCUCAGCAGAGACUCGGUGCCGAAGGAUAACUCGGAUGGGAAUCCCUCCCAGAGACCAUCAUCCUUCCGCCCCGGCCCGGGCGAGUCCAUCGAAGAGCACCUCACCCGCGAGAAACUUGACCGUGAAGUCGCCGAGCUCCGGGCCCUACUGGAGAGCAAGACUGCGCGCGAGGAGGAGCUCGAGCGCGAGCUGGAGGCGCUGCGUAGGGGAAGCGUCAUGACCGCUCUUGGACGGGGAGCCCGCGCGAGCUCGUUGACAAUCAGCGGGGUCGACAACGAGCGGAGCUCGAUCCGAGACUCGCGCGGAACGGUGAUCGCGCCGCCGAGCACCGGCAACCCUGAGUCGCAACCACAGCACAAGGGACUCGCCGCGCACAAGCACAACAACCGCGGCCACACGCUGGACACGAUGCACGAGAGUGAUACCUACAGUUCGGCAACGGAGAACAGCACAUUGUGGUGCGAGAUUUGCGAGACAUCCGGGCAUGACAUUCUCACCUGCACGAAUGUGUUCGGUUUGGACCACCAGCAGCCGAACGGGGACGCCGCUGCCACGGGGAGGAGCAACGGUGUGCAGGCAGAAGCCGAGAGUGAGGACGAGGCGCCGGGAAUCAAACCCGCGCCGCUGUCUCCGCUGAAGACUGCCAAACCACCUCUCGCCACCACCACCACCACCACCGAGACUACUACCCCCUCACCGGCUACGGCACCGGCCCUCGCGCCGAACCUGAUGGAUUCGGGCCCAGUGGCGGGCAAGGAGAGCGGUACGGUGGACGCGGGCAAGUGGUGCGCCAUAUGCGAGAGGGACGGCCACGAUAGCCUGGACUGCCCCUUUGAGAACGCGUUCUAGGGGUCGGCUUGCUCUUCUUGCAAGGGGCCCAGUUCAUGUUCUUGCUG